AUGCGUAUGUUUAUCUUCCCUUGCUGCCUGGCCCUGCUGGUGGCACUGGCCACUGCUGAGGGCGGCGCUGCCGGGGAACAGCAGACGGCGGCCGACGAGAGAAGCGCAGAAGCUGAGCCAAAGGAAUCUCAACGUCUGGAGAAGCGGGGCGCGUCGGUGGGCGACUGGAACCAGCUGUCGCACGGAUACCCCGAGCAGCACAGCUACCAGCUACAGCAUCCGCAUCAGUAUCACAGCAGCGAAUCGAAACCCCAGCUACAGUACAACAUCCUGCAGCACCACCAGCACGUGAAGUACGAGCAGCCGAUCAAGACGAUCACGAUCGAGAAGAAGGUGCCGGUGCCGUACACCGUGCACAAGCACAUUCCGUACACGGUCGAGAAGAAGGUGCCGUAUGAGGUUAAGGUGGCGAUCCCGAAGCCGUACCUGGUCGAGAAGAAGGUGCCGGUCCACUACAAGGAGUUCGUCAAGUACACAGUCCACGUCCCGGAACCGUACACCGUCUACAAGAAGAUCCCCUACGAGGUGAAGGUGCCGGUCGACAAGCCGUAUGAAGUGAAGGUGCACGUUCCCAAGCCGUACCUCGUGGAGAAGAAGGUUCCAUACGAGGUGAAGGUCCCAGUUCCGAUUCCGGUAACCGUCGAGAAGAAGAUCCCGUAUGAGGUGAAGUACGAGGUGGCCGUCCCGAAGCCGUACGUCGUGUACCGGAAGGUCCCUUACGAGGUGAAGGUCCCGGUCGACAAGCCCUACAAGGUGGAGGUGCCCAAGCCAUACCCGGUCGAAGUCCCGAAACCAUACCCGGUGGUCGUCGAGAAAAAGGUCCCUUAUGAGGUGAAGGUUCCGGUCGACAAGCCCUAUAAUGUGGAGGUGCCAAAGCCCUACAAGGUGGAGGUGAAAGUCCCUUACCCGGCGCCGUACACCGUCGAGAAGAAGUUCCCGUACACAGUGGAGAAGGCUGUGCCAUAUGAGGUGAAAGUGCCGAUCGAUCGUCCGGUGCCAGUCUACAAGGAGGUUAAGUUCGCGGUCCAGAAGGAAGUGCCCGUGCCAGUGAAGGAGAAGGUGUACGUACCGGUGCCGGUCAGCGAGAAGAAGCCGGAACCCGAGUACCACCAGCAGGAGGAGUACCAUCACCAGGAGCAGCAGCCGCAUCAGCAUCAGCAGCAGGAACACUUCUACCACGAGCAACCUCAGGCUCUGGUCUACCAGCAGGAUGAGCCGACCUACCAUCAGGAGGCGCAGCCACAGCACCACCACCAGCAACAACACCAGCUACACCAGCAACAGCAACAGGAACAGCAGCAGCACCACCAGCACCAACAGCAGGAGCAGCAGUACCACCAGUAUCAGCAGCACCAGCAGCAGAUCUACCAGGCGCACCAGGAUCAGCAGUUCCAGCAGCAGCAGCACCAGCAGCAGGAACAGCACCAUCACCAGCAGCACUACGAGUCGCACUAG